GUCAAACAGCUUCAAACUGACUUCUUCGGUUUUCGCGGGUUAUGUGAGUGCUUUUUCACCCUAAAACCCAAAAAUUAAGAAAAACUAUAAAGAAAUGAUGUAGUGUUGUUUUGCGUGUCAUGUGUGUUUAUGUUUCCUAUUUACAUUGUAUUAUUUUUGUUGUUUUAAUUAAUUUAACCUAAAAGAUGGCUAAGGCCCCUAAAAAGCCACGUAAAAAAGCGACCAACGGCUAUAACAUGCCGGAUCCGCUUCCAGCCGGUGAACUCUUAACAGACAUCGCUAAAAAGCAGUGGAUAUUAGGAACCUCAAUUGGAAAAGGGGGCUUUGGGGAAAUUUAUUGUGCCAAGGAAGCUUCUUCCAAAGCAUCAAAGUACCCCUAUGUUGUGAAAGUAGAGCCCCACGGUAACGGUCCCUUGUUCGUCGAGAUGCAUUUUUAUAUGAAGAACGCAAAACAAGCUGAUGUUGAUACUUUUAUGAAGAAACAUAAGCUGAAGACUUUCGGAAUGCCUGUGUAUUUGGGAUCUGGCUCACAUGAAGCUGGAAGUAUGAAGUAUAGGUUUAUUGUCAUGGAGAAAUUUGGGACCGAUAUUGAUAAGAUAAGGGCGGAAAAUAAGGGGGUGCUACCACUCAGCACUGUCUUUCAGUUGGCGUGGCAGAUUACAUACGUUUUGGAAUACAUUCAUGAACUCGGUUACGUCCAUGCCGAUAUUAAAGGUGGUAACAUCAUACUUGGGAUUUCCCCUGCAACAAAAAAUCAGAUGUAUCUUCUUGACUUUGGUUUAGCAACAAAAUUUACUACAGAAAAGCAGUUUAAGCCUAAUCCUAAAAAGGCCCAUGAUGGUACAAUCGAGUAUCUCAGUCGCGACGCCCAUCAUGGAGUACCCACACGACGAGGUGACUUUGAAAUCUUAGGUUACAAUUUAAUACAAUGGUUGGGUGGUACUUUACCCUGGGAGUCCAAAUUAGACAACCCUAAAGAAGUCCAACAAAUGAAAGAGACUAGCAUGGAUAACAUUCCACAGUUUGUAAAAAGGUGUUUAAAGAAGACUGAAGAAGUACUCGUGAAGUACCUAGAGUACGUCAAUAACCUCACAUUUGACGAAAAACCAGACUACAAAAAAAUUCGCUCUUUAUUCGAACAAGAGAUUAAAAAAAACGGAGCCUCUGUAAACGGUCCACUCGAAUUUCAUACUACACCCAGAAAGAGAAGAAGUGUAGUACCUGAAAUUGACGACCAGGAACUUGAAGAAGAAGUGGAAGUGAAAAAACCGGUUAGAAAGCGGGGAAAAAAACAAGACGAGGAAGUCGCACCAGAGGUGGAGAAGAAGCGGGUUAAAAAGCGUGAAGUUGAACAACUACCAGUCGAAACUGGUCACAUGACUGAAGCUAUGAAGAAGGUUUUGGCACGAAAAAAGGAAAGGGAAGCCGAAAAGAAGAAAAAACCAAACAAGAAAUAAAAGAGUGUCUUGCACGUAAAAUAUAUACAUUUUCACAAUUCAAGUAGACGUUAACAUCAGUUCCUUACCGAAGCUAUAAUACUUUUUAUCUAUUAAAUAUUUAUUAAAUUCGCA